AUGGGCCUCAUCGUGCCGGUGCUGCUGGCCGCGUGGGCGGUGCUGUCUACCGGCCAGACAGAUGAGUGCAGUCCCACGCCGUCCGCCACCGAGGGCCCCUUCUUCCAAUCCCAGGGCGUGCCGGACAAGGCCGACUGGAUCUGCAGGCCGGAUUUUGCGCCGGAAGGAGCGCCGGAGGGCGGCGCGGAGUUCACAAUGACGGGCACGAUUUUCGACGAGGAUUGUGCGACCCCUUUGGGUGGCGGAGACUACAACGUGACGCUGAUGGUGUGGCAAGCGGACUCUGAGGGAAACUAUGACGACAACCGGGAUACAUCAACACACUACUGCCGCGGCCUCAUUACGGUGGGGGAAGAUGGGACAUACAGCGUUCGAACUAUACUGCCGGGCCAAUAUCAGAACGGACCGACAUUGAGACCUCGGCACAUGCACGCCAUGGUCACCGCAGCCGGGUACGAGAACCUGAUCACCCAGGUGUACUGGGAGGGCGACGAAUUUCUGGGCGACUGCUGCAACUCGGACGACCCCAGGCUGUGGAUGCCCGUGAAUGACGAGCUAACGCAGGGCCAAUUCAACUUCACACUGACGCGAGCCCCUGAUUUUGUAGCCUCGAUGGCUGCCAGUGAGCAGGUGUGCAGCUCAAGCGCCUGCUACACUGUGGUCAAUCGGUCUGCCUCUUGGGCGGAUGCCCUUUCGGCCUGCAGUGAGAGCGGCAUGCAGCUUGUGGAAAUCUCGUCGGAGGAUGAAGGGGCGUUCGUCGCCGAGGAGCUGUUGGGCGGGACGGGAUGGCGGGAUGUUGGCGGCUCCCUGUGGAUGGGAUUGAAUAAUGGCGCCGAGGGCGCCGAGGGGGGCGAUUGGGUUUGGCAGAGUGGAGCUGAGCUUGGGUACGAGGGGUGGGGGGAGGGCGAGCCGGGGGAUGCCGGCACGUGCGGCGCUCUGUUGGUGAACGAAAACGGGACCAGCUGGCUGGCGGCAGAUUGUGCUGCAUCUCUUGACGGCUUCGUUUGUGUGGCACAGGCAAGCUGA